AUGAUGGAGAUUACCAGAGAAAGUGAGUUUUUUAUUCGAAUUUUUCAUAGAAAUGUUUGUUUAUAAGUACUCGAAAACAAUUGAAAGUUCAAAAAAACAUACAUACCUGGAUUAACAAUCCCAAAAUUACAAAAAGUACAUAAAACUCUGGAAAAACUUUUGGGCUACUGUAGAUCUGGACCAAGUCAUAAUUCAAUUCACCAUCACCACUACCUAGUGAUAUUUUGAAACAUAUUUUAAAAAUUGUAGAUAACUAUUUUGAUCAUAACUUUUGCCACGUCAUACAUAUUUGUUUUUUUUCCAAAAAAUUUUGAAGGGCGCGCCCCUCUUGUAAACAAUAAAAUGCAAUUUUUCUCAAAACUUUUCUAAGAAACUGCAAUUUUUCCAACUUGAUUUGUCUUUUUUUUGCAAAUUUCCUCAUCACCGAUCAAUCUGUUAUUUACCCAGAUAUAAAUCAGAUUUACAAGCACAUUGACAAAUAACAUUUUUUGUAACAUUAAAAAUUGCUCCCCUAUCUUUAUCAACAAAUACAAAUUUCAAAAAAAAAUUACACUAUAUCCUGAUUUUUUCGAAAUGUAUGGAAAUCGGAAUGGUAAGUUGUUUUCUUAUUGACUUCCGCUAGAGAUUUCGAUCAGAUUUAUUUUGCAUAGCUUGUUUGCUGGGAAACAUUUUGAAACCAGACCAAAAAAAUCUGAAUCUGAUUCAUUUUUUUUCUGAACAAUUUCCGAAACCAAAUGAAGCAUGGUAUUUGAGAAAAUGUAAGGGUUGAGCGAGUUUUCUUUGGUUUUUUCGCAUUUCGUCUCGUCUCGUUUCAUUUCAUUUUGUUCAGAAAAAGUGGAGGUGUUGAAGGACGACGCCUCUUUUUUUUUCUUGGACGAAAAUUAUAUAUUAAUACUUGACCAAUUUCUUCAAUAUGGUUUAUUUUGUUGAAAUUUUUUCAAAGAUUGUCUGGAGAAUAUCGUUAUUUUUUCAGCCAUGUCGUUCUCUUCUUCAACGCCAUCGGCUCGUGCGCCACUUGGUGGCAGAACUUCUACCAAUCAUACAUGUGAGUUUAUCAGAAGUUUUUUAAGGAGAGUUAAGACGUUUCUAAACUUUUGUUAGAUAAUUUAUAAUUUCAGUCUCAUAAUCACCAGGAAAGUUUGAAUUAUAUUCAUCUUCUAAUUUUCAGCGCAAGAUCGUAUGCUUAAAAUCGUCACUGAAAUGCGUUCAGGAACCACUUCCAGCGUAUCACCAUUCGGCCAACAUGCCGCUUCAACAAUCCGCGACUCUCGCGAACGUGAAAAAAAAGAGAUGUCAGAUCUCAACGAUCGUUUAGCUAGUUAUAUCGAAAAAGUUCGAUUCCUUGAGGCACAAAACCGUAAAUUGGCUGCUGAUUUGGAUGCAUUGAGAUCAAAAUGGGGAAAAGAUACGCAUAAUAUUCGUAAUAUGUAUGAAGGUGAACUUUCGGUAAGUUGAAAUGAAAUCUAAAAAUUUUGAUAUAAAUGUGAACAACUGAACUUUAGGAUGCUCAAAAAUUGAUCAAUGAUACUAACAAUCAAAGAAAAGAAUUGGAAGGACAAAUUCGGAAAAUGCAAGAUGAAUUGACUGAAAUUCGUAGAAAAUAUGAGGAUGCAAUCAAGGGGCAUGAACAAGAUCGUAUUAAAAUUGAUCAAUUAUUAGUUCAACUUUCUCAACUUGAAGCCGGAAUCAAUUUGCUCAAGCGUCAAAUCGCUCAAUUGGAAGAUGAAGUUAAACGUAUCAAAUCGGAAAAUCAACGUCUUCUCUCGGAACUUCAAAGAGCAAGAACUGAUUUGGAUCAAGAAACGCUUAACAGAAUUGAUUAUCAGAACCAGGUUCAAACACUUCUCGAAGAAAUUGACUUCCUUCGUCGUGUUCAUGACAACGAGAUUCGUGAAUUGCAAACUCUUGCUUCCCGCGAUACAACUCCCGAAAAUCGUGAAUUUUUCAAAAAUGAGCUCUCAUCCGCAAUUCGUGACAUUCGUGAGGAAUAUGACCAAGUUAACAAUGUUCAUCGAAAUGAUAUGGAAUCGUGGUAUCGUCUCAAAGUUCAAGAAAUUCAAACACAAAGUGCAAGACAAUCUAUGGAACAAGGUUAUGCUAAAGAAGAAGUUAAAAGAUUGAGAACACAAUUGAGUGAUUUAAGAGGAAAAUUGGCGGAUUUGGAGAGUAGAAAUUCGCUUCUCGAAAAACAAAUUCAAGAAUUGAAUUAUCAAUUGGAAGAUGAUCAAAGAUCAUAUGAAGCAGCUUUGAAUGAUAGAGACGCUCAAAUUCGCAAAAUGCGUGAAGAAUGUCAAGGGCUCAUGGUCGAACUUCAAAUGCUUCUUGAUACCAAACAGGUGAGCGGUCUAAAUAUUUGUUCAGAAAAUAUUUGUUUUCAAAUAAUUUAAAGAAAUGUUACUGCUUUUGAAAAAUUCAAUUCUAUAAUUUUUUUCACAGAAGGUUCUGGUUAUCCUAAAGUAUGAGAAUUUCCAGAGUCAUUAAGUUCUAGAAAUCCAUUGCAAAAAUCAGUUUUCACACCAGUGUAGAACCAAAUACUAAAUUUUUCAGACGCUCGAUGCUGAAAUCGCAAUCUAUCGUAAAAUGUUGGAAGGUGAAGAGAAUCGUGCCGGUCUCAAGCAACUCGUCGAACAAGUUGUCAAAACUCACGCAAUUUCUCAAGAAUUCGACACCGAAACAAUGCGUGUCGUCAAAGGUGAAACCGCUUCCCGUCAAUCAUUCCAACGUUCUGCUAAAGGAAACGUUUCAAUCCAUGAAGCCACUCCAGAUGGAAAAUACAUCGUUCUUCAAAACACUCACCGCGCCAAAGAUGAACAUAUUGGUGAUUGGAAAUUGAAACGAAGAAUAGAUGGAAAACGCGAAAUCGUUUACACAAUUCCAAAAGAUUUUGUCCUUCAAGGUGGAAAAACUUUGAAGAUUUUCGCCAGAAAUCAAGGAGUCGCUUCACCACCUGAUACUUUGGUUUAUGAUGGUGAUGAUAGUUUUGGAAGUGGUAACAAUGUUCAAACUAUUUUGUUCAAUAAAGAAGGCGAAGAACGCGCCACACAUAUCCAACGUCAAAGUAACGCAUAA